CGAGGAACAUUGGAGUGGUUGCUCAUUGAACAUACUGUCUUACUACUUACUACUCUUGUUGAUGUUGUUGAUUGUUGAUGACUUAUUAUGAAUACAUGAUUCUUAAUUGUAAUCUUCUUGCAACAUUUAUCUUUUUCAAAAUCUUAGUUCUUGUUUGGUUCAGCGCUCUGCAAAUACCUGUCACGGCCUCAAUUAAUGUGAAAACCAGCAGCUGCAGCAGAUUUUUCUUAAUUCGUAAAACAAACUCUGGUGCUAUCUGUGGUUUAAAUGGGAAACAAUACUUAUCCCCCUUAUUUUAACCUGACAAUGUUUGUGAACAUAGGCACCUACCGCUACCCAACAUUUGUCUUGUGUUUGCUGUUGUAUGCUCUUAUUGUCUUAGCUAAUUUUCUCAUAAUAGUGGUAAUAUCACAAGAGAAAACUUUACAUGAGCCUAUGUAUUUUUUUAUUAUGUGUCUGUCAAUUAACUCUCUGUAUGGCUCUGCUGGCUUCUUUUUCAGGUUUCUGAGAGACCUUCUAUAUGACACUCAUUUGAUCUCACGAUCAGCUUGUUUUACUCAGACCUAUGUAAUUUACUCCUAUGCAUCCUAUGAGCUCACCCUUUUAGGCAUUAUGGCAUAUGAUCGAUAUGUUGCUGUAUGUCAACCUUUGCAUUACCACAACAAAAUGACUUCCAAGCUGGUCUCUAAGUUGGUCACCUUUGCAUGGAUUUAUCCGGCUUUUUCUGUUGGAACCUGUGUUUAUCUAGCCUCCAGACUUCCAUUGUGUGGCAAUAAGAUACCAAAGGUGUUCUGUGCCAACUGGCCUAUUGUAAAAUUGUCAUGCAUUUCUACAGUGAUUAAUAACCUUGUUGGCAUGCUUGUGUCCACAACCACAGUCUUUCUUCCCCUUGCUUUUGUCCUGUAUACAUAUGCAAGAAUCUUUCUUAUUUGUAGGAAACGCUCUUCAGAGUUUAAGGCCAAAGUCAUACAAAGCUGUCUGCCACACAUUAUUACAUUUGUAAAUUAUUCCAUUACUGUGUUUUGUGAUGUUGCUCUCAGCAGAAUUGAUCUUGAAAAUCUGAACCCAUUUCUAGCUGUAAUUUUAUCACUUGAGUUUGUUGUGAUUCCUCCCAUUUUGAAUCCCCUCGUCUAUGGCCUGAAGUUACCAGAAAUUAGAAAACUUAUUUUAAAAAUGUUAUCAGGCCCUAAACCUGACAAACAAACUAAGUCUCAUAAAUAAGAGUAACAUUAACAUGUUCUGUUUCUGUAAGUAAAUGGUCCCAUAUUGUUUUAUCAUUACUUUAACAUCUUUACACACCUGGCUGGAGCAAUGUUUGUCAUAAGGGGGUUAAUACUUUGCACACAGUUACUUUGUUACUUUUGUUUGUAGAGAUUUAUUUUAGCAAUAGUUAUUUUUUUGAUGAUCAAUUUGUAAAAAAAAAAAAACUCAAUUAUUUUUACUAAACAUAAGUGUUUUAACUAAAUAAUAACUGAAUACAUUUUCUGCUCUUUGAUGAAAAGCAGCAUUAUUGUUUGAAAUAAAAGAGUGCUUGGAACAGGA